AUGCUGCUCCUCGCGUUCUUCUUGGGCGCUCUUGCCAGCGAUGGAUCUGAUAAUCGAAAGGUUGGAGUAAACCAGAUGCAUGUCGCGUACCUGAGCGAGUUUGAACGGUCGGUUUCGUGGACGUCUUUGACGGAGAAAGACCCCAUCACGUUUAUUUAUCAACUUGCUGUUCCUGGACCAGAAGGGGAAAUGAAGAUGGUCGACUCCAACGUUACUACCUUCAUUGAACCUCAGGACAAAUCCCAAGAGCGAUACAUUCAUACUGUCGUUCUCAGCAAUCUGAAAUACGGUAAUUACAAUUACGCUCCAAUGGGUUAUCACUGGUACCACUUCAAUGUUUAUGAAAACACCCCCGAUGACGAGCAAAUGUUUCUGAUUUACGGAGACAUGGGCGUCGAAAACUCACAGUGCUUGGAUGCAAUCGAAAAUAUGGUAAUUACGCUCGGGGAUGAUCUGGACAUGAUUUGGCAUAUUGGGGAUUUCGCUUAUGAUAUGUGCGACAACAAUGGCCAAAACACGGAUUUGUUUAUGAACAUGGUUGAGCCUAUUGCCGCUGCAAUGCCGUACAUGACGAUUCCCGGAAACCACGAGAGCCAUUUCAACUUCUCCCACUACGAAAGUCGCUACUCCUCUGUUUCCAAAACAAAUCCUUAUUAUUAUUCCUACGACUACGGGAACGUCCACGUGAUUCAUUUCACCACGGAGCUGUACUUCUACCCGGAGCAGUUUUCGGAACAGAACAUCAAGGACCAGUUCAAUUGGAUUCAACAGGAUUUGAAGACUGCCAACCAAAAUCGCGACAAAUAUCCCUGGAUCAUUACCACUGGUCAUCGACCCAUGUAUUGCGAACGAUUGAGCUCCAAAUGCGUCAAUGACACCGACCCCGUCAGAAUCGGCCCGUAUGGAUUGGAGAAAAUGUUCAACGACUACGGCGUCGAUGUUGCUUUUUGGGGCCAUGUCCAUCUUUACGAACGAAUGUUUCCUUUGAACAAUGAAGAAUAUGAAAAACAGCCGCUGGAUAAAUACGAGAAUCCAAAGUGGGUGACUCACGUGAUUACUGGAGCUCCGGGAAAUAAGGAAGACAUCAGUACGAACAUGAAAGAUCAGCCCGAAUGGAGCGCGGUCAGAUUGGAAGAAUACAGCUUCACAACUCUUACUGCUGCUAGAGAUACGCUGACAAUCAAGCAAUGGAGCAAAGAUGAAACCUCAAAGAUCAUCGAUCAGUUCCAAAUUACGAAGACCGAGCAAAAGUCCGAACUUCGCUGGUACGAGCGCGCGAUAAAAUGGCUUCGAGGAGUUACCAAAAUGAUAUUUUGA